AUUUGUACUGACAGUAGCUCAAAUGAAUUGAUAUGUAAACAAGAACGAACCAUAAGCAAACAUGGACAACAUGCUAUUACAGGCAGAAGAAUUGGAGGCUUUGGAAUCAAUUUACGGGGAGGAAUGGAAAAAAGACACGAUCAGUGAUAAUUCGUACAGCAUACGAAUUACAGGUGACGUAGAAUUGUUUCUUACCCUGGAUACCUUGUAUCCAUCUGAAGCCCCACCAACAUAUCAACUGAUGGCUCCAGGACUCUCAAAAACAGUAAAAUUAUUAAUUUCCAGUGCCUGCGAAGAGAUCUACCUUGAAAAUAUUGGGUCCCCUGUGCUCUUUCAAUGGAUAGAAAAGAUUAAGGAAAUUGUCGAGAGCAAUAUAGAGAGUAACAAAAGCAAUGCCACAGAAACUGCCCCGAUUGUGAAUGUGAAGAAAGCAGAGGACUACAGUCGAUACAAUGUCAUCCAUGGAGAAGUCAUUCAAGACAGGAAGAGUACCUUCCAAGGUCACGUUUGCGAGGUUCACAAUGAAAAUGACGUCAGGAACGUGAUGAAUUUCCUUAUGCAGAACAAGAAAAUAUCGCAAGCGACGCACAAUAUGCUCGCUUAUCGAAUACAGAAACCUAAUGGGGUUUUGCUGCAAGAUUGCGAUGACGAUGGGGAGAAUCUCGCAGGAGGACGAUUGCUGCAUCUGCUCCAAAUUGUGAAUGUUAAAAAUGUUAUGGUCGUUGUUUCCCGGUGGUACGGUGGAAUUCAAUUAGGAGCGGACAGAUUUAAGCACAUUAACAACGCCGCCAGAACUGUCCUUCAGGAUGGUGGUUUUAUAAAAUAAAGAUUUUUUAUUUAUAUUAA